AUGGCUGCUCGUGCUAUGCCUUACACCAGAGGUGAAAUAAAAAAAUCCGGCGAACUUGGAUUGAUGUUCAACAUCUCCGUUUCUGAUCCCACCUCUUUCCAAGGACCAGCGUCGAUUUUCGUCGUCGGCGGCGGAGGAGGACCACCCAGACAACAACAACCGCCACGUGUCCCUACCUCCGCCUCGUCUUCGAAUCCCAACAGUGGAUCCGUUCGAUCCGGAUUCCAAUCGGAUCCAAUUCGAAAAUCUUCAGGUCAUCUCUCUCAGCUUCAACCCACCGGUUUAAUCACAUCCGGUCCGCUUAAUUCCUCCGGUUCAAGAAGCUCAUGUCAGAUUUAA